AUGCCGUUGACCGUCCUAACAGACACAGACGUCCGCCGCUUAUUACACCAAUUGUCCAGACAAGACAUUCUUGACCUGCAGCAGAGCCUUGCAGAUGGUCUCCACUACUAUUCGACUUCCACCGACGAGGACUCCAAUGCCUGUUGUUCCUCGUACCAGCCUAUGCGCACAGCGCUCAAGCGCAAUGACGGUCAGACCACCCUCUUCAUGCCUGCCUCGAGCAACGACGGCAUUGGCUUCAAGGUCGUAACUCUUGCCUCGUCAGAUGCGACGAAAUCGUCAGAUAUUUCGUCCAUCAGAUCCUCCCUGAAGACUACCUCUCUUUCCGAUUCAACGCAGUCCAGCAGCUCCUUCGAUCAGCCUCAGUCUCUCGCAAGUUCGCAGAGCACAACUCCGAAAGGCACGUUGCAGCUCCUAGACAAGGCCGGAGGACCUCGCGCACUUAUUAAUGCUGAAGAAAUUACCGCCUUCCGCACCGCGCUCGCCAGUACCAUGCUGUUUAAGAAGCGGCAUAAUGUGCACGAUGUAGUGGUUUUUGGCGCAGGCAAACAAGCCUACUGGCACAUCAGACUUGCCCUCAUGCUCCGCAGCACCGACAUCCACCACCUCAACAUCAUAAAUCGCGAUUUCGAGCGCGUCCAUCACCUCCUCCAAGCUCUUUACAACCCCGACGAGCAGCCGACCAAGUUCGACCCCAGUACCACAAAGAUCCCUUCUUAUAGGAAAGAAGGCGAAGGGCUCCAUCGACCCAAGAUACAAAUCCUCACCCCGUCGCACGGCGAAUAUGAGCGCCUCCUCAAAUCCACGAUCCGCGCUUCCUCUGUAAUACUCUGCACAACACCGAGCUUAACUCCGCUCUUUCCGGCGCCGUACCUCACGAACCCUGAGGGCCGCAAGAAAGGGAGGUAUGUAGCUGCGAUUGGGAGUUACAAACCUGAUAUGUGCGAAAUUCACCCUGACAUCCUCCGCCAAAAUGUCACGCCUGAUCACGGACGCCACUUCCACAAACAUGCCAGCCAAGGCGGCGCGGUGGUGGUCGACAGUGUCGAAGCGUGUCUCAAGGAAGCAGGCGAGAUCAUUCAAGCCGGUCUCUCGCCUUCGGAAGUUGUUGAGAUUGGUGAACUGGUCAUGCUUAAGCGAGAUGCUGAGAAGCGGCGAUCAGAGUGUCAUGCACAAAAACGCAUGAUUGAAGAGGGCUUGGACGACGAUGGUGUGGAGCUGGGUGAGGCACCUUCAACGAAGAACAAGAACAGAGGAAGCAACAAGAGCAGAACAGACGAUCAUGGCGAUAAGGAGCAUCAGAGUUUGAUAGAUUGGCUGCAGAAGGGUAACGUUAUCUACAAGAGCGUUGGCUUGGGUCUUAUGGAUGUUGUAGUUGGCAGCGAUUUGGUGCGGUUGGCGGAUGAGAGGGGCAUUGGCACAAGGAUUGACAACUUCUAG